AUGGGAGCAGCGCCUUCGCUUCCACAGGAAACGAGGACCUACGACGAGAAGCAGUCUGUUCGCGGUGUAGCUGCCUCGUUUGCCUCCGUUUCUCUCCAAGAUACUGCCUUAUCGCCCAGUGGUUCGUUGUUGAUGGACAAUGUAGCGAAAUGGGAGGGAAGUGUAUCUGCAGAUACCAAGACCCAACUUGCCCGUACCAUUCUUUCUCAUUCCGACAUCCGUUCAGCACUCAUUUCUCGCGACUCUGUCAUUGCUGAUACCUAUAUCUUUAACAAUGAGAUAGACUUCAAGACUGGACCUAUCACCAAUCAGAAGUCCAGUGGUCGAUGCUGGUUAUUUGCAACCACCAACGUCCUGCGUUACGAAGUGAUGAAGAAACUCAAGUUGAAGGAAUUCCAACUUUCUCAGUCUUAUCUCUUCUUCUGGGAUAAACUCAACAAGGCCAACUAUUAUCUCGAACUAUCCAUCGAGCUUGCUGACCGCCCUCUUGAUGAUCGGCUUGUUUCCCACCUUGCUGGAGAUUUAGUAAGCGACGGUGGUCAGUUCGAUAUGGCUGUCAACCUUCUACAGAAUUACGGCGUUGUACCCCAAGCUCUUUAUCCCGAAUCAACUCAUUCUUCUCUUUCUUCGCCACUCAAUGCCCUUCUGAAGACGAAAUUACGCGAACACGCGCUCAUUCUCCGUGCUCUCUCGAGCGAUUUGAAAGCUCAAGCUUUUUCACCGGCCGCCAUCCAGGCGACCCUCCGCGCUGAAAAGGAAAAGUUAAUGAAAGAAAUCUAUACUAUCAUGACUGCCACUCUUGGUGUGCCUCCCAUGCCAGAUAAGCUGUUUGUCUGGGAAUAUUAUGAUACAGAUAGUAAGGCCGGAAGAUGGGAAGGCACACCACUUGAGUUCCUGGAACAGAACGCGUCUAAGCCAUAUCCUGCUAAAGAAUUCUUUUCGCUGAUCAACGAUCCCCGCAAUGAAUACUCUAAAUUGUAUACUGUGGACAAGCUCGGUAACAUUUGGGGCGGUCGGCCAGUGCUUUACAUCAAUACGGAAAUUGAGAAUAUGAAGAACACUGUGGUGAAGAUGAUCAAAGCAGGUUUGCCGGUCUUCUUCGGGUGUGACGUAGGGAAAUUCUCAGAUAGAGAUGCGGGUGUAAUGGAUCCCGACCUCUUCAAGUACGAGACCGCAUUUGACAUCACACUUGGCCUUACAAAGGCCCAGCGUUUGCAAGUGAAUGAGUCGUCUAUGACCCAUGCGAUGGUUAUCACGGCGGUCCAUUUAGACCAGGACGGUAAACCUGUCAGGUACAAAGUGGAGAAUUCCUGGGGCGAGACUGCUGGAAAUAAAGGCUAUUACCUGAUGACUGAUAAGUGGUUCGAAGAAUUUGUGUACCAAGUUGUCGUUCCCAAAUCUCUCGCUUCCAAGGAGCUUGUGAAGAUUGUUGAGACGGGAAAUGCAAUCGUAUUGCCUCCUUGGGACCCUAUGGUGAGUUCAGCGCUGCGUCACCACUAUUGUGCUCAUAACAACUCAUCAGGGAUCUUUGGCGUAAAGUAUGGUAUGGUAGUGAAUUGA